AUGAAAUUCAAAGGCGAGGCAAGCUACGGCACUACAAUGUUCUCCUCGCUCCUUCGCCGCCCCAAGCCCGGCUCUCGUCGCGUCGACAUUCACCACCUCCCCGUUUCUCCCUCGACUGCACCGCCCGCGCAACGUCAGGUCACCUCAAGAACGCAUGCCACGGCAGACUUCACCGAAGCAGACGAUGAGGACGAUGAAACAAAUGAGGAGUACCUCGUUCGGUUCGACGAGGAAGCCGGUCCUGGAAGCGACCAGCCAGAAGACGACCAAGACCAAGACGACGAUGGCGGAGACGAGGAUGCCCAUGCGAAUGUCCGCCGCCAGGGGCUACCGAUUCUGCCUCUCUUUUCCGCGACACACCUUGAUAGUCUACCAAUCUAUAGCAUCACGCAUUCUAUCCGCAUCAUCGUGAGUGCGCGUACCGAGACGUCCUUGUCGUGGGAUCAGCUUCGGUCUCCCCAGGUCUCCCAGUUCCUGGUGAAGCCUAUGCAGCAGCAAAUCCGGGCCCAGCAUUUUUCGAGAGCCACCCUGUACGCUCUCAUGGCAAACUGCUUGCAAUUCAGCAAGGAAGGCCAAAGGUACGCCGCAAAUGCCGGUAUCAGUAACACGAGAGCCAAAGUUUGCGAGCUGCUGGCCCUCAAGCUUCUCAAGGAAUAUUCCACAAGGGAACUCAUCGACGCGUUAGCAUACGACUUCUACCCGCUCCAGGGAGUGUCCGGAGCAUUGCUGCCAAUGUCUCGUGACAAAGCGUCAAUCAAGGCCAUGCAAGCCAUGACCGCCUCGAGGACCUCGACGCUAGAAGUCGCCAUCCGGGCUUCGGCAAAGCACUUCCUAGCCCACCCGGUCGUUGUGCAACAGCUGGAAGCCAUCUGGAAAGGCGCAAUCACCUUCUACUCAUCCGCCGACACCCUGCACCGCGAAUCUCCGCCAAGCCCUUUGGCAAGCACAGAUGCGGAUUCCGCAAAGCCAGACACGAGGACUCCCCUGCUCGGCUCGCUGCCACCCAAACUUGGUCAAUACCAGAUUCCCCCAGGACGAAGAACUGUUAUGCUAUACGACCCCAGACAGGCUUCCAUGUUCAAGCUUUCUCGGCUGCGAGUUCCCCGUUACCGGUCUUUUCUCUCCACCAUAUCUCUGGCCGUGUUGAUUGGCCUCUUCCUGGCCGUGCUCUCGCAAAGGUCCGUCCAAAUCACCGGAUUGGAGUUGGUAUUCUGGUUCUGGAGUGCAGGCUUUAUGCUGGAUGAACUUGUGGGCUUUAACGAGCAAGGAUUCGCCCUCUACAUCAUGAGCUUCUGGAACAUUUUCGGCCUAGGAAUCCUGGUGCUUUUGAUCGCGUAUUACUGCAUGCGGGCGUACGGCGUCUUUCUGGUAGACCCUCACCACUGGAACGCCAUGGCGUAUGAUGUGCUUGCGGCCAACGCAAUUCUGCUCCUGCCUCGAAUCUUUAGCGUUCUGGACCAUUACCAGUACUUUUCCCAGCUACUGAUUGCCUUCCGUCUCAUGGCUGUAGACCUAGCCGCUGUCUUUGUCUUGGUUCUCAUCAUGUGCAGCGGAUUCUUCGUCUUCUUCACCCUGUCUCAAAACGCUAGUCAUGGUGGCGAGGUCGCUUACAAAAUUUUCCAAAUCCUCAUGGGCUUUACUCCAGCAGCAUGGGAUGUGUGGCCAACUUACAAUUGGUUGGCGAGGAUGCUGAUGAUGAUCUUUCUCAUCAUUUGUCACUUCUUGGUCGUUACAAUCCUCAUCACUGUCCUGACGAAUUCGUUCAUGGCCAUUGCCUCCAAUGCCACAGAAGAACACCAGUUUGUCUUUGCAAUCAACACCAUUUCCAUGGUCAAGAAUGACGCUUUGUUCUCGUAUAUUGCCCCCAGCAAUAUUUUUGCGUGGCUUCUGAUGCCUUUGCGCUAUUGCCUGCCCAUGAAGCAUUUUGUUUGGCUCAACCGAACCAUCAUCAAGGUCACUCAUUUUCCAGUCCUAUUCAUCAUUUACUUGUACGAGCGAUUCUGGCUUGCUCCUUCCAUGUUCGAGCCCACGGAUUUAGUAGAAAAUCACGGUCGGUCCCGGCGCCGGACCAUCUCAUUCGGAGACACGGCACAACGGACAGCCAUGUUUAGUCCCAACGUUCGCGUCCGUGAAGAGUCCAUGGCUGGGUUCCACAAGGACCGAGCGUUGGAGGAAGUAUUCCGUCGUGUGCCCGAUGCGACCACGCUACGCACCCAGAGAAGGAAUGAGAGACGUAAAACGCAGACGGCGAUCCGGAACUGGAUGGAGCAGCACGAGGAAGGGAUGCCGUCCACCAACUGGCCAACCCUAGACAGCCGAGCCAUUCCCGAGUGGCAAAGACGAAUGAGCGUAGGCUGGGACAGGCCAUCACACCGUAGGCAGGUGUCCGAUGUCCGGUCUACGGCGAGCGAUCCCGCGGAGUUGGCGUCCAACCGGGGCAUGUCGUUCAACAACAGGAACGCCAAACGACGGCCAUGGCGGGGCGUGGAACGCGUUGCGCCCGAUUACAAGGACCAUACUGACGCGGAUGGAGACGAUGAGCUGGUCACAAACGACGAGGAUGAAGACGAGGCAACCAACGCUGGCAGGAGCCAGCAGUUUGAGAAGCACGGGGUGGAAGGCGAAGAGGACUACUUCACCACAUCCAUGGGAGGGCGGCCGGCCGGAAUGGCACCCACCCACGGAUCGUGCUCCAAAGGCGAUGGCGUGCCGACCCCGGGUCGAGGAGGUCAACCAAGACGAGCGGCACACAAUCGUACCCACUCCACCAACACCAUACUUUACAAUCCAGAGCAUCACCAGGCAGACGCUUCAUUUGCCGCUUCGCCUCCGAAAAGAAAAGCGCUGCCUCUGCCUCGCAGACCAAACACAAGUGGCAGGAACACUGGCACGGCCUCACCGUCUCAGGGGCUACGACGCCACUCCCCACGAAGACCGCCUUACCUGUCCACGUCGAAGCCUCGACCGAUCCUGACACCGCGCGGGAUCAAUGACAGCGGUGGCGUGACGCAAACCGCCAUGAUGAGCCUCGAUCCCCGCGACAGGCUCAGGGAAGUCAGGAGGCUGCCCUCUGUGGACCUGAGCAUCAUGUCUGGCCACCUCGGACUGGACGACAACAACAUUGCCAUGGCCGGCAGCUUCCAGACGCAAAUGGCCAUGGCCUUGAUGAAGGACAAUCGCAUGCGCUCUUCGGGCGGUGAAGCUGCCGACCAUGAUAGGAUGGGAAGGUUGGUCCUGGCUCGCAUGAAGACACUGGAAGAAAGUUUUGCCGACGUGAUCAAGGAAAUGCGCGACUUGAAGAAUAGCUCUACCGCGCCGCAUUCGCGGCGGAACUCGUCAGGUGAAGAGCCGAGGUCAGGAUCAGGGUUCGGGGGCGGUAGCGAACACGACCGCCUGAGGAAAGGCAACGUAACCCCUCGGAAAGCGCACGGCAAAAGACCUGCGAGCCGACGAAGCACGAAGGAGCCGAGAAUCGGGCUAUACGGUAAGCGAGAUGUGAAGGGGAAAGCCAAGGAAACGGUGCACUCGCCGAGCAGCGAGCAAGGAAGAGAGGCUGGCAAGAACAGCUUCGCGACCAAGGGGAGUUCCAUGUGA